UUAUUUGAAACACUGUCCCAUCCCAAAUCAGCUGUAUGUACAUGUAUGAAUUUAGAAAUGAAUAGAUAACACAGCUAUGUAGCCAAAAUAGGCCAUUCACACAUAAAUUCAUUAUCAGAUGUUUACAUAUUAAGUAAGCAAGCAAACAAGUCUAGUUUGUGUAUUGCCAGUGACUGUAAGUCAAAAUGAAUGCUUUAUGAAUGCUAUUGUAUAGACCAAAAUUUAGGUGAAUGAUAUUUUCAAAGUAAAAAUAUGGAAUGAUUCUGAGUGAUAUGUUUUCCCGGUACAUUGGAAAAUGACAACAACUCAUCAUUUGGACUGACUUACUCAAAUGUCCUUGUAAAUGGUGAACCAGAUGUUUAUUUGUUUAACGUUUACUACAUGACAUCAGCAUAGUCACUAGUAGUAUAUAUCGGUGGUGGACUUAACGAUGGAAUUUAAACUUUGACCAAUUCACUCAUCGUUCUCACUUAGGCAGUUUUAUUGGUUGUACUUUAAUACCAGUACUACGGUAGAUUUUAUCAGAUUCUGAUUAAACAUCCUGUCGAUAGUAUGUUGAUCUUUUCAACACUUCUUCUGUGAUGUGAUGUAAGAUCUGUAGAUUAUGAUCAAACUUAGUUAUCAAACUUAGGACUAAGGUGAUUAUAUAACAUCAAGACUCUCUCUUCAUCACUGGACAGAGGUCUUUAAUCAUGGAUAAAAUCAAUGAAGUUUCUGUUCAAUACAAACAACUGGAAGAAGAGUCUGCUAGUGGUAAUGCUAGUGUAAACUGUAAAAAGGAGUGGAAGAAAUCGAGGGUUGUUGAGAAGUUUGUGUAUCUAGUUGCAGUGAUCACGAUUAUUUUUCUGACCCAUGCUACAGUGUAUGCACAGUGGUUGUUACCGUACUAUUAUGCGGUUAGUACACCAGUCCUUAUCCUCAUCCGGAUCAUUAUGUACUGCAAGAACAAGUGGCAGUAUUUUCUCUUAGAUUUCUGUUACUUUGCCAACAUUUUGUGGUAUAUUUUUAUAUGGAUCCCAGGCAGUGGAGAGAUGUUUGCUGUUGUUUUUGCCCUGUCUAAUGGACCACUGAUUUGGGCUAUGGUGGUAUACAGAAAUUCCCUCGUCUUUCACAGCACCGACAAAGUCACAUCGGCCUACAUUCACAUCCUUCCCGCACUUCUGUCAUUUGGAAUCCGCUGGUACAGAGAGGAGGUGUCCCUUUACUGGUUUCAGGACUUCGUACCAGAAAUGCCGGAGAUGUCCCCUAUCUGGUUGUUGCUAGUGCCCUUCAUCUGCUUCCUGAUUCACAGUGGAAUUUACUUUUUGGUCAUUCACAUUGUUGCGAAACCCAGCGAGGAGUAUGUGACCAGUUUCAAUUACCUUGGCAAAAAGCAGGACAGCUGUCUGUACAAAACCUUCAAUAUAUGUGGUGAAAGAUGUCGGCCUGCAAUGUUCUACGUCUUUAAUUGGUUGUUCUGUAUCGUCAGUCUGGCCGGAGUGUUUAUCUGGUACAACUUCUACGAGGCUCAUUGUAUAUUCCUCGGCGUCAUGUCGGCCGUGUUGAUUAUGAACGGGGGCAAUUACUACAUUGAUGUGUUCAGUAAAAGAGGAUUUGUGGAAGGAGAAUGUGAAUGAAAUAUUUAACCUCUCAUCUCAUCAUCUUAUUUAUUAUAUCAUCAUCAUUUAUUGACAAUGACACUUCUUGUAUAGAUUUAUUGCAUUGUAUAUUUUACAGGUAUAUUCUACAGGUUGUAAAUUACACACCUUGUUGUUUCUAGCAUUGUAUCAAUGUGGUUAUUCUGUGAAAAUUUAAUACAUGUACAUUAAAAAUAUUUACAACAAGAAAA